AAUUCAAAAAUGGGGAAAGGAUUCAACAACUAUAUGUGUAAAAAGUUUUUCCAUCCAGCCUCUCGCGAUAACUUAAAGAGAGUAUGGAUGGCUGAGCAAAAAACUGAUGCAUACAAGAAAAAACAAGAAGAGUUACGGGUUCAAUAUGAAAAAGAGCAAGAAUUACAUGAAAAUAAGGCCUUACUGAGCAAGGACAGUAAAGACAAGCUAAGCUUAAAUUUUAUGUAUGAGCCUCCUCCAGGGGUGAAAAAAGAGCGGGAACGUGAAGACAAUGAACCAGAAUAUAAGUUUGAAUGGCAACGGAAAUAUAAUGCUCCUAGAGAAAGCUACUGCAAAGGCGAUAAUGAAAUUCGAGACCAACCAUUUGGUAUUCUUGUCAGAAAUGUGCGCUGUAUCAAGUGCCAUAAAUGGGGACAUAUUAACACAGAUAAAGAGUGUACUAUGUAUUCAUUGUCUAUGAGUGAAGCAAGAGCUUUGCAAGCUUCUGCAUCAGCUCCUCAAGAGGAAGAGGAAAAGCCUGAUGUCCCAACAUUAAUGCAGCAAAUGAGAGAUAAUGGUUUGGUCAUGAAACCUGGUGCCUUGCCACUUGCUGCUACCAAAGUUGAGGAAGGUGAAUCUUCCACCCUUACAGAAACUGAUCUGAUAAGUCAACUGACUAAGAAACAAAAGAAAAAAUUGUUGAAGAAAUUGGAAAAACUUGAAAGAAAAAAGGAUGACAAAAAUAAAGACAAAAAGAAAAAGUUCAAACAUUAAUUCAAGAUAUAAAGAAUAAAGAUGACCAUUACUCCCAUAAUUUAUUAUUGUUAAUAUCAGUUGUAGCUGUAUGCCUAGAGAAAUGGUUUUAAUAAUAAUGUUAUUUAUAUAUAUAUAUGUAUGAGCACUAGCUGACCCGGCAAACAUUGUUUUGCCAUGUAUAUUAUUUGUAAGAAACAUUUUUUUAGGUCAAUAAAAAUAAUUAUCUACUAUAAGUGUUCAAAAGAAUGAUUUAUGUAGGGUAAUAAAUUAAUAUUUAUUAAUGUAGAGAAUAUA